AUGUCUCUAGAUUUUGGACAUGCACCGACCCAUAUCUCCCACUGCACCUACCUGCUGCUCCAGAACCUCAUGUGCACCGCGAAUGUCGACAUCUACACCCACUACUGGGCGGAUGCGCAGCUGAACGCCUUCCCCGACUUCAGCGUCAACCACAAAUGCCAUGAUUUUGACGCCAUCUGGCGUUGGCAGGAGGAGAACUCGGUCGAUGUGGACGAGUUUGCUGCCAUCCGGAAGCCACAUGAUGCAGCGGCCAGGGUGAUGUCGCAUCGAUUCAAGGAGCUCUUUGGUUGGUACGAUUCCAACCCUGAUGAUGGCUCUGAUAGUGGGAUAAUUGGAUAA